AUGUUUUACGAAAAAAUUGGCAAAGGUCACUUUGCCGAAGUGUUCUUGUGCACCCAAAAGGUAACCAACUUACAAUAUGUCGCCAAAGUCUUUCGAGCGCCGAAGGUCGAUGAGGGAGCAAAACUUCACGGUAUCCGACAAGAAAUUGAAACCAUGAAGGAAGUCAAUACUCAUAGACAUCCUAGCGUCAUUCGAUUAGUCGAUGUCUUCUUCAAUUCCGAAUCGACGGAGUUUAAUCACGAAUAUUCUACGAUAUCCAUAGUCCAAGAGCUUGUCUCUGAAGGCGAACUUCUUAAUUUAAUAGUUUCACAAAAGAAACUGAGCCAAUGA